AUGGAAAAUCAUUCACAGGAGCCCAAACCCGCACCGUCUCCGCAAACUUCGCGGGAUGCAGCGCUUCGACUUCCGCCAACAACCAACCCUCCGGGGCCACAGAACCCACCAAAACAGUUGGUCUGGCUGAUAUUCGGCGCAACGGGCCACAUGGGCCGUUCCCUCGUGAAAUCCGCCCUCGCUCACAAUGACCUCGUCGCAGCGGUCGGCCGCACCUUUGAGAACUCGCCCGCCUACAUGGCGCGUCUGCAGACCGAGAACAGAAACUGCCUUGGCCUGCUAUGCGACGUUCGCGCUCGAGAGACCGUACAAGCCGCCAUUGACCAGACAAUCGCCCACUUCGGCCGGAUCGACGUAAUCGCCAACUGCUCUGGGUACGGCGUCAUUGGGGCGUGUGAAGACCAGGAGGAAUAUGACAUACGAAAUCAAUUUGAAACCAAUUUCAUGGGCACAUUGAACAUUGUGCAGUGCUCGUUGCCGCAUUUUCGAGAGCGCAGGGCCGGGCGGUAUUUGAUAUUUAGUUCGACGUCUGGUGCACUGGGCGUGCCUGGCUUGGGACCAUACUGUGCGUCGAAAUAUGCUGUGGAAGGGCUAAUCGAAAGUAUGCUGUAUGAGAUUGAUUGUUUCAAUAUUAAGGGCACAUUGGUGGAACCGGGACAUAUUCGUCGCGAUGACUUUGAUAAUUUACCUGGCAUCCCCGUUCCGGAGACCUAUUUGACUUCGCCGUUGCCUGCGUUUGGACACUUCUUGGUUAAGCCCGCCAGUGCUCCGUAUAGUGGACCCACAGUACCGGCGUCUCAUGCUAGAAGAAUGAUACAGUGGUUGGGCGAUAAGCAACCUACGAGUGCGGUGAAGGCCGCAGAGUUAGUUUGGCAGUUGGGCCAUUGUUCUUAUCCACCGUUGAGAUUACUAUUGGGAACAUACGCGGUGGAAAGUAUUAGAGACCGACUGAAAUGCAUUACAGAGGAGAUUGAGGAUUGGAAACAUCUGAGCUUUCCGUCAAGUGAAUCACAGCCAGCCGGAGUGUCACAAGGAACUGAGAACAAUGGGGAAUCGGGCACCCAGAGUCUGGAGCCGAAUAUACAGAACAUAGAGAACCAACCAGGUCCAUCAGAUGCCAUCAUGACGGAGUGA